CGAUAAUUUGAAUCCUUAGUCAUGAACGCUCCCCUUACAUUUGUGGGCAGAAAGAGUAAAUAUUAUAGGGACCACUAUUAUCCUCGUGAAACUAAUCAUGCUUUCGAAACACUGCAUGAUGCCCUUCAAAGUGUGAAACGAUCUCAAGAUGACAAAACUAAAAUUUUGCUAUCACCGAGUGGGAGUUACAGAAUAUGUGGUAAAAUAAUGGCUGCAGCCUAUUCUCAACUGUGUCCAGAAAAGAUAAAACGUAUAUUUAUUUUCGGAAGACAGACUAAUUUUAUGCCUUAUAAAUGUGGUCUAUCUAAUUUCGACCACCUGGAAACCCCUUUAGGCAGAAUCAUGGUCGACAGAAAUGUAAAUCAGAAACUGUUAAAAAGUGAUGAUUUCAGACUACUUGAAUCAAACAACGAUCAUAAAGAACAGUUUAUUGAAAUGCAAUUACCGUUUAUAGCAAAAAUAAUGGAAAAGUAA